AUGAAACACAACAAGAACGUCAGAUUACUCGCCGUCCUUACAGACGCAGAAUCAGACGAAAAGAGCGAAUACCGCUUUCUCGUCGAUGACACCCACGUAAGAUACGUCACUUUGGACGGCGGUCUUGUCCCCCCAGAAGACCGCGCAUAUGAACCCAUCCUCCUCCCUCAACUCCCCGUCUUUCCCCCAGGAGACUGGAACGAGGGCCGCGUCGGGAAAGACGGUCACACAGGAAAGCCUUUCUUCUGCGAGACUAGGAGGAGCAGUCUCCCGGGCAUCGGGAAUGUUUGGCACGACACCAUGAUAAAUCACCUUGAGCUCAAACAGCUUGACCGCGUCCGCCAGACCGUCUUUCGCGUGACGCAUCCCAGCUUCAAGAAACCUGUCUUAGCAAAGUUUGCCCAGUUCCCCUGGGAGAUACCCUACUUCGCUGCCGAGACAACUUCGUACGAGUGGAUCCACGGCCGGGGAAUCGGCCCCGUGUUUCUCGGACACAUUCACGAGAACGGGAGAGUAAUCGGUUUCCUGGUUGAGGAGGUCCGCGGUGCGAGGACCGCUGAGCCCGAAGACCUAGCUGCGUGCCAGCACAGCCUGCGCAAACUACACGAGCUGGGAAUCUUGCAUGGGGACAUCAACAAGCACAACUUCCUCAUCGGGGCGGACGGGGAAGCUGUCCUGGUAGACUUUGAGACGGCACACAAGUGCUCGGAUCCGGAACUGCUGGACGAAGAGUAUAGGCAUAUUAAAGACAGAUUAGAGGAUACUUCAGGGCGCGGAGGGGCAGGGAUGGCAAGUGAUUCAAGUUCAGAUUGA